UCAUCCUCGCCAGUCACGUUGCAGGCUUCAGGCGUUGGGUGAACACACCGAAUCGUGGCAAUGAUUCGAACACUACUGCUACUGGCCUUGUGCCACGCCGCUUUGUGUCAAACCGGCAUGGGCAUUGGAUCGCCACUAUUGUCACCGUCGUCAUCGGCUCAGUUAUCAAACUCCUUCGCCAGCAAAAUAAACAAUCUCACUAAGACCUGGACUGCCGGUCGAAACUCGCUGCCGGAUGCUUUCUAUCGCAGUGGUGUUCGGCUAGAUCAGUUGGAGAGUACACGUCUUGCGACGGGAAUCUUGGUGCUGAAGUCUAAAGUGCAGCUGCCAGAAUCUUUCGACGCACGGAAGCAAUGGCCGAAUUGUCCGAGCAUCCGGGAAAUCCGUAAUCAGGGAUGCUGUGGAUCGUGCUGGGCUAUUUCAGCUGCCUCAGUGAUGACCGAUCGAUGGUGUAUUCAUUCCGAAAACAAUACUCAGUUCAGUUUCGGUACGUUCGAUCUGCUUGCUUGCUGCGAGGAGUGCGGCGAAGGUUGCCACGGUGGAAGUUUGGGACCAGCUUGGACGUACUGGGUAGAGCAUGGAGUUUCGAGUGGAGGUCCCCAUAAUUCCAGAAUAGGAUGCCAUCCGUAUCCAAUUGACGUUUGCCGAAGCCGGGAUGAUAUGGCUCCGACGCCAAAGUGUGUGCGGACGUGUCAAGCGACUUACAACCAAACAGACGUAAUGCGAGAUGUUCGUUUCGGCCGCGAGGCCUAUUCGGUUCCUAUGGACGAAACGCGGAUUAAGGAGGAAAUCUUCAUGAACGGACCGGUUCAGGCCUCGUUCAAAGUGUACAAGGAUUUCCACGCGUACAAGAGUGGCGUCUACCGGCACGUCUGGGGUCCACUGGUGACUGGUCAUGCGAUUAAAAUCCUAGGAUGGGGUGUCGAAAAGGGCACAAAGUAUUGGCUGUGUGCGAACUCUUGGGGAGAAGACUGGGGCAGCAAUGGUCUGUUCAAAAUCAUUCGCGGUGAAAACCAUCUCGGCAUUGAACGGGAUAUUCACACUGGCUUACCAGAUUACCACAAACACGAAGAGAUGUUUAAUUUUGAUUAUUGAAUUAGAAUAAAAUCCCUCUAGCAUCUCGAACGUUUUAAUUAAA